AUGACCUCGGAGGACCAAGCGUUUUAUGAGGACAACUGCCAAGGCCAGUAUAUUGCAAGAUGUUCGAACACCGUUUCACGAGAUUGGUUGAAACGGAAGGAGAGAGAUGCUGAGAGAAAAAUUUCGGACGAUGCUAAACGGCAACAUAUGGCAGAAGAAAGAAGAACUCAGCAGCGUCUGAAUUUUCAGGAAAUGGCGGCAAAUUUGAAGGAUUGCGAAACUCAAGGGGCUCACAAGGAGGCCAGAAAUAUUUCAAAACCAAGAUGCAAUAGCACAUAUUGCACACGUAAUGGUCUUGGUUGUGAAAUGGUAACAGAUGAUAGACGCGCAAGUAUUUUGUCGACAUUCUAUGGGCUUGUGUCGUUGUGUGAUCAACGUUUGUGGAUAUUAAGACAUAUCAAAUCAAGAAAGACAUCCACAUCUAAAGAAAACAGUAGAAAAACACGAACAGUAGCCUUUUUUCUUCUUCUAGAUGACAACGGAGGCACAGUCCGUGUUUGUCGUUUUCUAUUUUUAAACACAAUCAACGUUACGGAUAGACAAGUUUCGACUGUGCUCAUUAAGACAUCUUCUACUGGAGCUGUGGAACAGGAAAAAGAGGAGGUCGUUUGGCUCGCCAAGCUGCUAGAGAUGUCCGAGUCCGUGGAAGAUUACCAUAAAGCCAGAAUCAGAUUAAAUGUACCGAUUAUGAAGUUCAUACGAGAGAAAAAGAAGAAGUGA